CUUCCUUGGUGCCCUCCAGAACUUGGCGCCGUGGUUCCCUGCGCCACUGCCCCCUAUGGCAAGACGCCCUUGGCAGUACGACUUCCUUCUCAAGCAAGUGCAUUUUAGGGUUGGAAUACAGUGUGAUGCCUCGGUUAUCUUCCUCUCAAAAUGGAGGUGGAGGGAUUGAAUCUUCUUUGCAGGAAAUUUCAUUUCGGUUUUAGCCGGGGAAAGCUGGUCCCGCAAGCGAUUCUUCAAAGAUUCCGUCCUGGGUUAAUUCUUGAAGGCAAAUAUCUGGCUGCUUUGUGUUCAAAAAGGCAGGUUGCAAUGAUGCUUCUGCAGUCUGACAAAGCACCUUUCAGAAUUGAAUAAGGAUAUCCAAUGCACUCUGAGUGGGUCUCCUCUUACACUUGAACUAAAAGCUGCAGUUAGUGCAGGAAGCUGCUGCAUAAUUACUGAUGUGAGUGAGACCCUGACCCCAUUUAAAACCUCUCCUCAGAGAUCUGCAUUGGCUGGCGGUCUGCUGCAGGGCUAAAUUUAAGGCAUAAAAGCCCUCAACAGCUGACCAGUUUAUUUGAAGGAUCACCUUAACCCAUAUAUGCUCUGGAAUUGGCACUACUUACAAGUGCCACAUAAUAUUCAUUUCACACCUGCAUGAGAUCAAUCUUUUAUUGUAGCAGCUCCUGCACAUUGGAACCCCUUGCCUCCUAAAUGCGCUCUUUGUGGCGCCUGCUUAAAACCUUUCCGUCCAGGCUAUUCUAACCAGACAUACAGAAUUUGGCAUGUGCUUUAAUCGAGGGUGAGGGCUCCCAGGAUUCAGAAACCAUUUUAUUUGGUUUUUAUCCACAGAAACAUACCAAGAGCAUAAUUUGAAAGCUUGAGUAAAGGUACUGCAAGUUUCAGAGUGCAGAAUCCUCACCAGGAGAGGGAGAGGCUGAAUGGGAUCCUGGGAGGCUCUCUGUUGCUCCCUGUAGAUAUUCCACCUAUGGGAACACUGAAGACUAUCGACUGGUAUUUCCAGGGGGGGAAUGGUUUGGGAAUUCAGCUGGCUGAAUUGAGGGAAGGAGAACUGCAGAGGAGCAAUCCAAGGGACAGGUUUGGGCCAAGAUUGGAGAUGGUCAAUGAGACCACCCUGAGGAUCAAAGACUUGGAAAUGGAUGACAGUGGCAAAUAUUCCAUUAGAGUGAAGUUUACUUCGGCACAGUAUAAAGAUUACAACUUCCACCUCUCUGUGUAUGAACCAGUCCCAGAACCAAAAAUCCUCUCCCAAAUUGUCUCCAACAGCCCAGAUGGCUGUAAUGUGACCCUGCAGUGUGAGGUGCCUGGAAAGGGGGAAAUCAACAUCUCCUGGAAAAGAGGGGAUGCCUUGAGAGACUUAGAAGAUGGAUCAAAGUCAUACCACCUCUCUGGCAAUGACAAAGAUCUCCACUUGUUCUGGAAACUUAACUCCUCAGAUCCCAACAUCACCUGCCUGGUCACCAAUCCAGCUGAUCAGAAAAGCAUCUCCUUCAACUUGCAGCACAUCUGCCAAACUGAAGGUGACUGUCAACUCACAUUUGUGGUGGAACUUUUGACGUGGAGUAUUCUCAUCAUUUUCUUUGUAAUUUUGCUCCUCUUGGCUGGAUUUGGGAUAAAGACCUGGAAGACAAGAAGGACGAUGCCCACCAACAAAGCUGCCUCCAUGAUGGCAACGGAGGAGGCACUUCUUGAGCCUCAGUACUCAUAGAUUGUAAAGAGGAGCCCCCCGGAAGGCAAUGAUGAGCAGAGUUGCCCCUCUAGAUGGCAGUGAUGUGUUAACAUUUUGGAAGCACCACCGAGUAUCUAGCGGGAAAGAUGGCAACCCAGAGAUGUAUUGCUGUGAUCUCUCUAUCCAUGGAGGACUCUUGGGACUCAGCUACACAGCAGCAAAUAAAACGUUUUAAGUGUGUUUUACGUGCAAUAUACAAUGUGAUGCUAGAUGGCAAUGGUGAGUCUUAAGGUUUCCUGGGCUUUGAAGACACUCGAACUCAGGACGCAAGGGAGAAACGUGCUAAGAAGAAGGCACGCUUGGCAAAUCCACACCAUGACCAACUCCCACCCAGAAACCAAUGUCUGUACUAUGGAAGGACGUGUGGAUCCAGAAUUGGCCUCCAGUGUCACUUACGGACUGAUUGUUUAAACCAUGUUUAUGGAAGACAGUCUUACUCGGCUACAAGUGAUAGAAGAAGAAGAAGAAGAAGAAGAAGAAGAAGAAGAAGAAGAAGAAGAAGAAGAAGAGGAAUGUAAAAUUGAAUGUAUUUUUUAAAACUGCUUUUUCUAAAAAAGCAUUUUCAGAAUGUUUUUUAUAUGUGUUUAGAUUCCACCUAGGUGUCUAUGUUGCCAUCUGUCUGCCUUGAAAGAAAAUGAAGUGUUCCUCUGGGGAUGAAGCCGAUCCACUGUGUUUGCAGCACCAAAGUGACCUCCCUGUGGGGCAAGCCUGACCCCCCCCCCUUCUUGGCCUUGCUGAUGUGGCCCAAAGGAAAGCAGAGCAAUAAAUUUGGCAACAUACUGGCUGCAGGAGUUGCCAGAAGGAGGUGUACAGGGCACCACCCAACCGUCUUAGGGACUCCACUCUGCAUUUGUAUAGGCUUUUCUUGUCCUGAAGAUCUCCUGGCAUAAAAUAAAUGAUAUAUCAGUCUCUGCCAAGUCUGAACUCCCAAGGGAAACAUGACCACUCGGCAGAGAUUAGAUGUUGCCUCCAUCUUGUUCAGUAUUGUAUGCCCUGGAAAUGGAGGCGGGGGCGGAAAUGCGGAAAUGUUAAAUUUGCAGUACGUUAUGCUUUGAAAGAAAAUUUCAUGGAAAUGAUUUUAUAAAUGGUAUCUGACGCUGAGUAAGCUAGCAAGAAUGUACAGAUCAGUCAGGUAUGUGCUGGAAAUGGCAAGGGAAUUCCCACCUCCAACUGUGCCAGACUAUGUUUUACACAAUGGAUUUUCUUCCCAAACUGAAUUGACUCAGGAUCAAAUCAAAGAACAGCUAUUACCUUCAUAAUGACUGUGAAACUUCUCUUUGCCCCGUGGAAUGUAACAGGGAGGGGAUGAGAAGAGGCCAGGAGCAGCUGGCCAGGUACUCCAAUUUCUACCUCUGGACCCCUCCUUUUGGUGAUGUAUCAAUGACAUAUUAGUGAUCUUUAGGGGUGUACCUUGGUGGUGGGAUGCCAAUAAAAAGGGAAGACCCCCUUUGUUCGGGGUCUCCAUCUUGCUUCACCUUGUGUCGUGACAGUAUUUCUCUUUAAUAAAGGCCAAGCCUACUGGCUGCUGUUUUGCUCUGAUAUUCUAAAUUUAUAACAAAAUCAAUUGCAAAUCCAUAUAAAGAGAUUACUCUAAAGCUCAAGACUCUCCCCCCAUGGGUCCUAAAGUCAACAUUUACAACUGCAUAUCAUUCUGUUAUCCAUGUUUUUUAUACAUCUGAAUUAUCCAUAGUCUUUGUUACCUUGCAAGUGAGAUUAAAACACUGCUCAUGUUUUCAUCUGCUUACAGUUCCAAAAUGGCUGCAGUGCAACUUCUGGUGCGGCAGCCAUUUUGGAAUAGGGAAGAGCAGCAUCAAAAGUAGCUUUUGAGCAUGCUCCGCCCAGUUCCAAAAUGGCAGCAGCGUUACUUCCGGUCCAGUCCCUUAUUUCUCAGGCCCGAACUUGGCAGCUAUGUUUGGAGAAGGAACUGUCAGUUUCUAGUUUCCAUUUCCCAGUAUUUACUUUUGUCUGAGCCCUCUGUUGUCCCCUCCCCCUGUAUCUCCAUACAUUGGCCCCUGUGCACGCAUCGUGAACAUUUCUAUUUAUUUAGAUUAAGGAUCGGGGGUGAUGAUGCGCCCUGGGACCCAGAGAACUACUUUUAAAAUCCUGACCAGGGCGGGGGGUCAAAAAAGCCCCACAGCCCUGUAGCAACAGACAGGCCCAGACAGAAGGAGGGGGAUCAUAUGGGCCACUUGGUGCGGGCCUCCGAAUCCAAUGGGGGCCUCGGUCAGCAUAUUCACAAUCAGUAAAAUGAAAAAAAGUAACAAAAGGGUUAAAAACAGGGUCACAUUAUCUACCUGGCCCUGGCCUCUGUCUGGCCCUGCAAGGGCCUGACAACAGAAGGUGCGUUCUGAAGCAACCGAGUUGCUCAGUUCCAUAAAAAAACCCCAGGAAGUGGCAAGGGGAAGGUAGGGGAUUGUAAAUUGAGGGGGUUGGAAUUGGGCACUGCAAAUAUCUGAGGACUUAAACUGGGGAGAGAAAGUGCAUGGUUGUUGUUUUUUAAAAAAGACGCAGAGGGUUGCAUUCAGUCGUGGUAUAUGUGAAAUGGAGGGUAAUUGCCCCCCUUCAGAUCCCCCUGAGCCUCAGAGUCCCCCUGAGUCGAAGCGAGAUACUGUGGAGAGGGCAGGUUUCAUCCCUGUGCCCCCCCUGUUCUGACCCAUUACGUAUCCCUGCCCUCGAUUCGCCACCCCCCCCCACCUCUACUUGGCCUAGUCUGGAAAGCGGCCUAGUCUGCAAAGCCGAGGUGAGAUAUUGUGGAGAGGGCAGGUUUCAUCCCUGUGUCUCCCCCCCACACCCUGUUCUGACCCAUUAUGUAUCCCUGCCUUCUAUUCAUUGGACCUUGUUGCUGGAAAAGGCCUGUUUUCAGCUGAAACAAAAUAAAAAUAUUCCUUCCAGCAGCACCUUAAAGACCAACUAAGGUGCUGCUGGAAGGAAUUUUUUUAUUUUGUUUUGACUACGUCAGACGUUGUGGCUAAUCCCUUUGACUGGCCCCAUGUGUCCCGAUCCAUGAUCUAUUCUGUUUGUGUGUUCCCCCUCUCCGUGACCGGCGUAUCUCAUGACGUUUUGAAGGAUGUUAUUUAUUUUUGUCUUGUGGUU